GCAAGGUGGCAACAUGUCGUAUUUUUGUACAAAAAUAGGUACCUACUCUGUGUUUAAACUUUAAUACUUACUCAGUACGAUUACUCUGCGAUUAUGUCAAAUUUACAGUGUCAUGUCAUGUCAUUUUCCUAGCUAUGGAAAUAACAAAAUAAAAAUAAUCACGAAAAUUUAGAUGUUAUUAACUUUAUAUGUACCUCUUUCAAUGGGUUGUUAUGAUCAUGAUCAGCUGUUACGUACACAAUAUUCUGUUUAAUGUUUGUAUAUAAAAUUUACGUAUUCAAACUACAUAUAUGUAUCUUUGAUGAUAUAAUUUCCGUAAUUGAAAGAAGUGUAAAAAUGAAUCCGUAUAAGGAUUUAGAAGAAAGUUCUUUUGCUGCCGCACCUCAUCUCAAUUAUGAAGACAUUGCGACAAAGUUACUAAAAGAUCAUUAUUUUUUAACGGCCCUGGAACUUCAUACGGAAUUGGUAGAAAGCGGCAAAGAACUCCCACAAUUGAGAGAAUUUUUUUCCAAUCCCGGCAACUUUGAGCAACAUGUUUCUAGAGCAUCUGAAAUGAGUUCUAUGCAUCGUACUCCAAGUAUAGCCACCCUAGAUUCUUUAGACACUGCUAGAUACUCUGAAGAUGGUGGUGGUGAUCGUCUUGGCAGUGGUGGGGACAUAGCCGUACUAGAGUUUGAGUUAAGAAAAGCUAAAGAAACUAUAAAUUCUUUGAGAGCCAAUUUGACCCAAUUUGCUGAUGGUGAAUCAACUUUAGAUAAAAAUGUCAAAGAUAACUUUAAUCAGAAAUCAUUGAAACCACAUGAAAAGAGAGCCCUGAAUUUUUUGAUAAAUGAAUAUUUACUAUUACAAGAUUAUAAACUCACAAGUAUUACAUUCUCAGAUGAAAAUCCAGAUCAGGAAUUUGAAGAUUGGGAUGAUGUAGGAUUGAACAUGCCAAGGCCCUCAGGGUUAAUAUCAUUGUUUAGAGGCAGUACUACAGCUGUAAGCAUACCCAAAUAUGAUGUUGCUACACAAUAUGAUAGUGAUUAUUGGUCAGAUGCUGAAUGUCAAACUGAUUUGGACGAAAAUGAGUGUGUGAGCUGUCAAACUUCCAUAGAUAAUGAUUCUGAUUGGAACCAUGAGUUACUUAUCCAAGCUGAAGAAAUAAAUCUAUUGAAACAGAAAAUUAUUGCUUUAGAAACAGAAAAGUUGAAUUUUCAAAAACUGUAUGAUGCUGCUAUAGUCAGUCUCAACUCAUUAACUAGUCCAGCUUCAGAGAAACAAGUUUUAGAACUACAAAUUCCUAAUGAUAAAUUAAAUUCAGUGCAAACAAGACUUGAACACCAGUUGGAAAAACCUAUAACUUGUAUGGCAGCGGAGAACCACUAUGGCAGUAGUAAUUCGACUCAUAGUGCAACUCCCGAUCAGUUUGAAAUGAUAGAAAGUGAGAAGCAUAUGACAAAGAAGGAGGGCUCGAAUACGAGUUCCAUCGAGCCAGCUUUACUCGAUUGUAGUGUAAGAGGCUCUCCGUUGAGACGUGGUAGUGUCACCACACUAGAUGACACACUCAGUAUAAACGACGCGGGCGAAUGGACGCGAUUACAAUACGAAUAUAAUGUCGUUGAGAAUUCCAAAGAGAUGUGGAUUGAUAGUGGCUUACCAAAUAGCUUGAAGGAGUCUCUGCUGACCUGGUGUAAUGAGACAUUAGACAUGAAUGAAGCUCUGUCUAACGAUAUGUUAACAGAAUUAGUGAACAAUGACAAGCCCAUUCUACUGCCGGCUUUGUUACAGCUUGUUGCGGAUACUUUGCCUCGGAUCCUUCCACAUACAUUGGUAGGUAGAAGAAGCGAAUCAGCAGCCUUGUUGUCAGCGGCCAUUGUGUUGUUACCACCGGCUGAUGCGAAACGGGCUAAAUUAUUGCAUACAUUACUUACGCUGUUUAAGAAACCGGAUCCGCCGGACGCCAAAAUUAUUUGUGAAGCAACAUGUCUUAUAGUGAAAUGGGGCGGUAGCGGGGAAGUACUAUCUUCUAUAGCCGAACUGCUAGCAUCUAGAUCACCAGAACGGAGGAUCCUAGCCAGUCAAAUUUGUCUAGCCAUAGCCCCGUACGUUCCCAUAGAACUGUGCACGUCUUUGCUACUAAGUUUGGUCGUGUUAAUGUGCGAAUCGAGCGAAAUUGAGAUUCGGGUUCUGGGGCUGAGGGCGGCGUGUCUGAUCUGUCCAACGUCAGAACAUAAGUAUGGGCAAUUGGAGAAUAUAUUGUUCAAUUUCUUGAAGGAUCCCGUUGAUAGGAUUGUGAAGGACACUGUGGGUGUUUUUGUUCCUGUGCUGGCUAGGAGUGCUCUGAUGGCAGGUAAAUUUUCAUCAUCACUAUACAGCCGAAUCAUAACGAACCUAGUGAAAUCCAGCACUGAAGGCGAAUGGAAGAGUGUGCUAUUAUAUUUAGAUGUUUUAAGAGUUCUAGUGCUAGCCAAACUGGCGUAUGUAAUGAACGUACAAAUUGUCAAAGAGACAACACUCAACUGUGAUAUGGAGAUUAAUUUACAAGAUGUGCUGCUGUGCGAACAAGAGGGUUUUAUAGAUUUACAAUGUUAUAUGGGCGACAGUUACGACGCUAAGAGUUUGAUAGUGGCUAUGAAUAGUUUGCUGAAGGAGAAGCCGGACGUCCGGUGGGCGGAGCUAGUAUGGUUUGUGAACGUAAUUAAGCAAAUAUUAGAAAUGGCGACCACAAACAAAAUAUUGAAUCAUUCCGCAAUAUACGAGCUCGUUAUAAGUUUAUUCAGCAGUUAUGUAUACAAUUUCGGUGUGCACUUCACAACAGCAGUAAUGAAUCCGAUAUUUCUGAAUAUAAUUAACGAUUUGGAGACAAAAUUGGAAAAGCUGCAUGCGGUGAAUGUGGACUGUAUUGUUGUUGUUGGUAUAUAUUUGGUCACUGUUGUGUUUUCCGUUGAGGAGAGUGAGCAACAAGCAGAAUUUUUGCAGAAGUGGGUUAUGUACAGUAGUAUAAGAAGUCUUCCAACUAAAAUAAUAUCUAUACCAUUGAAAUGGCUUGCGAAACAUAGACCGGAUGUCCUAGAUUUCUAUUUGCAAUGCCUAAGAGAAUUUUCAGCCAGCAGUUGCGACUCUACCAGCGGUAGUGCGAUACGGGUGUACAUAGCGGGCUUGAUCACGGAGUUACUUAAUAUAGCGCAAGUGAGCGACGAGUGCAUAGAACGACACUUGCUGCCGGCUGUCACUGCGCUGCUCUAUGAUGAUGAUGUUUCCGUCCGCGAAGCAGCCAUUACCGCAUGGGGCAGUGUGACGCGCACGUGCGUGGUGCGCGCGCAGAGCACGCCGCUGCAGACACUGUGCUGGCCGCCGUUCGAGGAACUGCUCAAAUCGCGCCCUCUGUCGGGCAGAGAGGGCGCGAAGGCGGCUGAAGCGCUUACUCUUUUAGUGUUGCCAACUGUGGAAAGCCAUUCUGUGUCGGAAAAAGCGGUGUCACUGCUGUGUCUACUGUGCCACUGGCAAUUAUCGUCCGAGCUAGUGGCCGCACUAACACCGGGGCUACAGCUGGCAACACACCACUGUAGCCACCACCCGGCGUUGUUGCCGGCUUUGCGAAAAUUAGAAGAGAAUGUUCAAAGUCAACCGCUAACGCAGUUCAAGCCGGCCAUAGAGGCGUUACUCCACGUCAUCGUCAACGAAACACCGAGGGUCCCAUCGCCAAAACCGGCCACCAACUUGCAAGCGGCACAAGAGGUCGGCCGGCGUGUAACACAGAUGUUCCAGCAGUCGAAAACCAAUAUGAACCUACAGAAUAUAUUUAAAAAGAAAACAUAGAACAUAUUAUACACACCUUUUACAAAAUUGAUAAUGGAAAGUUCAAUAAAUAAUGGAAAUUAAAAUCUGCUUGGAAGGAUAAAGUAAUGCUAUUCAAAUAAAACCCGAUGUAAAUGAAUCCAGUGUGAAAGUUAAGGCCAAUCCAACGACACCUGUCAAGUUAAAAUCCAUCGAGUAAAUUAAGCGCCUCGAAAGAAGUCCCGUAGACGCAGUGCUGUCAGCGGCUAAAAUGCAAUUUCCUUAGAAUUGGGGGAAAGAGAUGUGAAAAGAGGGCUAGAAAGUGCUGCUACAUAAUUUAUAUUGAGAACGGUUGUUUAUUUAUUUAUUUUACGUAAGAGUAAAUGAUUUUCUAUCAGUUGAUAUCCAUAAUCCAGUUAGUAAUGGUGAUGUGGUAAGUGAGGUUUGCCAAAUUUAGUUCCUGUGAGUUCAAUGGGACUCCUUUCGCGGUGUUUAUUUUGCGCUACAGAUCGUGCGAAACAUAACCCUCUUUCUGCGCAGUUGGCAAAAAAGUAAGUAAAGUAUUUGUUUUUUUUAAAGCAAAUUAAUUGUGAUUGUGACGGGAUUAAAAUGUAGGUGCUCUAGCAGAGAUUAAUAAUAUUUUCUGUAUGUCUUCGCCUAUUAAAGUCUAUAAAAUAUUAAAAGGCUUAAAAUAUAUUUUCAUACUUGCAAGAAAUCAGCUUACUUAGUGUUUAUAUAUAUUAAUAUGUAUUUUUCCAUUAAAAUAAGUCAUCCCAAUGGAAAAGUUUA